GUGUACACUUUCAACUCUGUUCGUAAGAGCAUGUCGACGGUAAUCAAUAAACCAAAUGGCGGAUAUCGUGUAUUUAGCAAGGGAGCAUCAGAAAUCAUCACGAAGAAGUGCAAAUGGUUCCUUGGAAAGAACGGACAACUGACCAAAUUCGGUCCGAAAGACGCUGAAGCACUGGUUCGCAACGUCAUCGAGCCUAUGGCUUCCGAUGGUCUGCGUACCAUCUGUCUAGCAUACAAGGACUACGUACCAGCUGGCGGUGCUGUUGGCGAGAAUCAGAUUGCUUACACUGGUGAAAUUGACUGGGAUAAUGAAGAUGCAAUUGUGAGCGAUCUGACUGCCAUAGCCAUCGUCGGUAUCCAGGAUCCUGUGCGACCAGAGGUGCCAGCCGCUAUCCUCAAAUGCCAAGAAGCUGGAAUUACUGUUAGAAUGGUUACUGGUGACAACAUCAACACUGCACGUUCGAUUGCAACUGCUUGUGGUAUCUUGAGACCUGGAGAGGAUUUCAUUGCACUUGAGGGCAAGGAAUUCAAUGCGAGAAUCCGUGACGAGAAUGGUGAUGUUUCACAAGAAAAGCUGGAUCAUAUCUGGCCAAAAUUACGUGUAUUGGCUCGUGCUCAACCCUCGGAUAAAUAUACUUUGGUAAAGGGUAUCAUCGAUUCUCGUGUGAGCGAUGCACGCGAGGUGGUCGCUGUAACCGGAGACGGAACAAAUGACGGUCCUGCACUCAAGAAAGCUGAUGUCGGAUUUGCUAUGGGUAUUGCUGGAACUGACGUAGCCAAAGAAGCCUCCGAUAUCAUCCUCACGGAUGACAACUUCACUUCCAUUGUCAAGGCAGUGAUGUGGGGACGUAACGUUUACGAUUCAAUCGCAAAAUUCCUCCAAUUUCAACUUACUGUCAAUGUUGUAGCUGUCGUAGUAGCUUUUGUCGGUGCUUGUGCUAUUCAGGAUACUCCAUUAAAGGCUGUACAAAUGCUUUGGGUAAAUCUCAUUAUGGACACACUUGCUUCGCUUGCUCUAGCUACUGAAAUGCCAACAGAAGAACUGCUGAAAAGGAAGCCAUAUGGACGUACUAGUCCUCUAAUUUCUCGCACGAUGAGCAAAAAUAUCCUCGGUCAUGCCGCAUAUCAGCUUGUAGUGUUGUUCGUGCUGAUUUUCUAUGGCGAGAAACUUUUCGAUAUUCCAUCCGGCCGUUGGGCUCCGCUUCACUCACCUCCUUCCAUUCAUUUCACCAUCGUAUUCAACACAUUUGUCAUGAUGACGCUAUUCAACGAGAUCAACGCGAGGAAAAUCCACGGAGAAAGAAAUGUCUUUUCUGGUCUAUUCUCAAAUCCGAUCUAUUACAUCAUUUGGAUAACGACAUUUGUGGCUCAAAUCCUCAUCGUACAAUUUGGUGGUCGUUGGUUCAGUACAGCAUCAUUGAACGUCGAACAGUGGUUGUGGUGUUUGGCACUGGGUAUCGGCACACUGCUUUGGGGACAGUUGGUAACAUCCAUCCCCACUGGCAGUUUACCAGAGAACAUGACCAUAGGAUCUGGAGAAGCUCCAACGAGCGAUCCUUUGAUGCCAGACUACGAAGAUCCGGAUACGCAUGAAAAACGUUCUGGACAGAUAUUAUGGGUGCGUGGCCUGACUCGACUGCAGACGCAGGAAACUGCUGACACACCUCUUUUUUGCAUAUACAUUGCCCUGACAAUGUCUCCAGCACUACUAACCAUGCCCAGUGAUCCAGUACAGCUCAAUGCUAGUACUCGAUUAUGUAUAUGUGGAUAG